AUGCUCGUAGUCUGCCUUGUUGGCCCAUUUCCCGACCUUGACAUGAAUCCGGGCCGUCGCCGCGGCACUGGCAACGGCUACGAUGAUACGCAAUACUCAAUCCUAGAUGGCGUCACGGGUCUGCGGAAAGAACUGUUCGCAGCCAAGAUAUUGAGCUUGACGAUGAACGAACCUCCUGCUACCCUCGGCGACGAGGUUUACGUCAAUAUCAUUGACAAGCUCCGAGAGUGCGGUAUCGCUGACCAAGUUUCUCUCCCUCAACUUGUUGUGGUAGGUGACCAGUCAUCUGGCAAGAGCUCCGUUCUCGAGAGCUUGACUGGCUUCGCCUUCCCGCGUGCGGCCGGCCUCUGCACCAGAUACGCGACCCAGAUUACUUCCCGUCGUGAUGACUCCGAAAGCAUUGACGUAUCCAUCAUCCCGCACCCCAACUCCAGCGAGAGCCGCGCAGAACAGCUCAGGGGGUUUCGGCGCUCAAUCAACGUAGAAGAUCUGGCUCUGGCCGAAGUAUUCGCCGAUCAACAACACCUGACCAUCAUCGAUGUUCCGGGUAUCUUCCGUACCUCCACUGAGAAUUUGACGACUGACGUUGACAUACUCCUUGUCAGGAACAUGGUCAAGAAAUACAUCACGGACCAGCGGACCAUCAUUCUUGCCGUCAUUCCUUGCAAUGUGGACAUUGCAACACAAGAAGUCUUGACCAUGGCCAAAGAGGUUGACCCGGACGGGGUACGCACCCUGGGCGUCCUCACCAAGCCUGAUCUCGCCCCCGAAAAGGCCAUGCAGCAGGCCAUUUGCGACUUGAUCCAGGGCCGGAAGAAUCCACUGCGCCUGGGAUACUACGUUGUGAAGAACCGUGGUUCCGACGAUGUUGGCAGCUCUCACAAGGCCGCUCAGCAACAGUCGGAGCAGGUCUUCUUCUCUACGCCGCCGUGGGCAGACCUUCAGUCAACUCGUAGAGUCGGCACCACUGCUCUCUUGACAGCGCUAAGGGAUCUCUUACGAAGCGUCACAAAGCAAGAGUUCAAGCAUGUGGCUCUCGAUGUGGAGAAUAACCUCGCCGACAGGGAAGCUCAGCUCGAAAGGCUCGGUCCGGCCAGAGAUGGUUCGAAUGCCCAGAGGCGGUGCCUUACUCAGAUCAGCACCGCAUUCCAAAAUAUUGCUCAGAGAGGUCGCCAAGGUCUCUACAAUGGAGUGGAGCUCUUUGCUAACGACCAGUCCCUAAAGCUCAUCAGCCACCUUGUCAAGCUAAAUGAAGCGUUCAGCAAGCAGUGCAGUGACAUUGGGCAUACCCUGGAAUUUCAAGACCAAGACGUUGCACCGAAGGAAGCCGGUAAAUGGGCAGAUGAGGAAUCAUCAGAUAAGGAAUCAUCACAUAAGGACUCAUCAGGUAAGGAGUCAGAAGUGAGAGACUCACCUAUGAUGGACAUGUUUCGGGGUCCAUUCAAGGAACUUCGAGAGAUCUUGCAGGAGAAGUUGCCGGCGGCCCCCACUGCAACCAGUGUUACCUUGAUGGAACACAUUGCGAGGAUCUAUAAUUCCACCCGAGGACCCGAACUUGGAACAUUUGGCGGCUCGACUCUAGCAGAAGCCUUCCGAGAUCAGUCGCAGAAAUGGGAACCCUUGGCCCUGCGUUACACCAGCCAGGCCAUCCGCAUUGUACACCACUUCAUUGUUGAGCUUCUGAAGGUGGUUUGUCCAGACGAGAGCAUGCGCGGCCAUCUCAUGAGCAUGGUUCUUCAACAGAAGUUGUGCAACUCAUACAAACGCGCAAUGAAGCAUACCCAGUUUAUCCUGGACAUCGAGCGAAACGGCCCGCCCUACACGUUGAAUCACUACUUCAACGAGAAUCUGCAGAAAUGUCGCACGGCCAGGCUUGCCGCCUCUAUCAGCACACACUCUGUGUUAGGGGCAAAGAAAUGGGAUAAUUCAGGCAGUCUUUAUCGUGAGAUGCUCAUUGAUCCCUCGCAGCUGAGUCAGAUCACGACGCACAAGUCAAAUUCUCAGCAGGUUUACGAGGAUAUUCACGACAUUCUGCAGAGCUAUUACAAGGUAGCACGCAAGCGUUUUGUGGACGUGGUGUGCCAACAGAGCAUCUUGUACUACCUCCUUGACGUCAAGGACGGGCCCCUCAACAUCUUCACCCCUGAACUGGUCUCGGAGCUUGAUGACAAAAAGCUCAAUGCAGUUGCUGGCGAGGAUUUUCUUACCCGCAACAAUCGAGACCAGCUAGUGCGUGAGGUCGAUAACUACAAGAAGGCAGCUGCUGUGUUGGAAUUUGGUGGUUAG